AUGGGCCUCGCACUGCUCAGCCUACCAAAUGAAGUCCUCAUUAGCAUCAUAAAGCAUGGGGACAACGCUUGCAAGAGAACCCUCCUCAAUCUACGGCUUGUCAACAAGACUUUAGAACAACUCUGUCAUGAUCGAUUUCUCCGCUACCUGGAGAAUCUCCGCAUAGAUCCAUCGCAAAAGGACAAUCUUCUGCGACUGAUGGACAUCUUGUCGAGUCCCGCACAUGCAUGCGCAGUCAGAGCUGUGGCCUUCGACUUUGUACGAGAUUGGCGCAACGUAUGGGCUGUGACGCCACUGGUCCAACAACUCUUCGAUAAAUUGAGCACAUUGAACGUCACCCUCGAGUUGAAAUUCAGUCCUUAUGGCAGCAAUGAAUGGAUCUCUGAACCAUGCAUUGUUCAUUACAUUGCUGGAAUCGUGAAGCAGGUCUUAACAUCACACAUGUCGGUUAAGCGGCUCAUUAUCCGGGCGAAGGAAUGGGAUCCUGACCUUCAGCUCGACAAGAUGAUAUGCAGACUAGAGAAAUUGCUUUCAGAUCAAGAGAAGGAAGCACAAGCCUUCUCGAUGGAAUCUUUGAUUGUGGAGUUCAAACAUGGCGAAGUCACUUAUAACCGACGAGAUCGUUGUCUCCAGUUCAGUCAAGUAACGGCUCAUGACCUCCAUGCAAUAGGUCAAUGGAUCCAAGAAAAACACCCUACAGAGCUCUGCUUGACAGACUGUCAAUUCUUCGUCGAGCAACUGGACGGGAUAUUAUUACCCAUUACUCAGCCAUCCAAUUCCUUAUCCAGCAUCACGAUCAACAAUGCUCGGCUGAUGCAUAUAACCUCGUUCUUCGGAGGAAGCCAGACAGCCACCCCACUACAAAAGCUGCUUUCAAACAUUAUGCAGCACGCAAAUAGCCUGGACCAUCUGGAUUUGGAGAACAUUCGAGUGGAGACGCCACAUCCAAGGACACUCAAUUUCGUGGGAACGAACAAGGUGCAACUGACGAGCGAGGACAACAUUCGCGAGAGACUCACGGUUUUGAUGUCACAGUUAGUGGAGGAAGACGAGUCAGAGGCCGAGAGCGAAGACAUUGAAGAGGAUGAUGAAGAUGAAGAUGAGGAUGAUGACUAA